CCGUCCAAAAACGCGGCGGCUGGAGCCACCGUGGCUAAUACACAUUGGCGGUGGCGGUGCCGUACGGCACAGCCACGGCCACAGCGGGAGUUGGUGCCGACAGAGUAGGAGUGGUAGGAGUAUUAGACUCGAAGAAGGCAGGAACUGCCCAAGGAUAAGGAGAAGCGCAACAGCUUUAGUUAGGAGCUGGGGCCCCCGCUACCAGCGGCUAGGCUCCUCCGCGGUUCCUCGCUCCAGAAGCUUGAAAAGAAGCGAAGCGGCCCGCGACUUUACGUCGCUGGGGAGAACCUCGCGGCGAAAUGGGAGCGGAAACGCUCCAUUGAACCAGCGCGAAUGUAAAUUCGAUGGUUAUUAUGAUACCUCUGAAUUGUGCAAUAAAGAUAAAGCCCGCCGAACCCAGAAAAGCCAAGCUGAGGCCCCCGGAGGGGCUGAGCCUGUAAGGCGCCAGCCUGUAAGGCCCCCAGCCGUAGCUGGGGCCCCGACUUUACGUCGUGGGGGCCCGGGCGCUUGGCUACGGGAGCACGGGCCCCUACGAUUAUCUCCCUAA